GCAGCAACAAAGCCUCCUUAUGCUAUAUCGACAAUAUAGUUAUUUAAUGUUUAGAAGUAGGCUAAGUUCACAAUAAUAAUAAUAAUUAUUAUUAUUAUUAUUAAAACAAUAAUCGUAUACGUUUUGUUUUUAAAGCGGGUUGUUUUAUUUAUACAAUCACAAACAACAAUAAUCGUUGAAUAAUGAAUAGGCUUUUAGUGGUUUUCAACUAAAAUGUAUUAUGGAAAACGAUCCCGAUCGAGAAUGCUGGACACAAUAAGAAGUCAGCUGAGCGAUGAGGCUCGCCUAGGGUAGGAGUCGUGAAUCUCGCGACACUACAGCUCCGAUUAUAUUGCAGUACAAUGGUACCAUAUCUCCUCGGCUGGCAAAUAAUUAAACUUGUACUAGAAUUCAUCUUGAUUUGAAGGCUUAGUGGCUUCAAAUCGUGGUAAUGGAGAAAUGGAGAUGUCACGUGCGCACAGAACUCAUACAGCGAGACAGCUCACAGAAGGAUCCAUAUGCUGGCGUCUUCAGAAGUUUGUUUCAGCUGCAAGAUAAAUUUGAAAUUCGUCGAGAAAUUUGGGAAGAUCUGCAGAGCCAAAGUUUAGAACAAGAUGGAAUAACAUUUGUGGAACUUCACCUCUGGUUAAGAGAGAGUGAACACCUGUCUAAAAAGUUGUCUCAGACCGUCUCUGACCUGACCAGUGUUUUGUAUUUCAAAGAGGCUGAGCUACAGUACUGGCAGUCUCAGGUAGCCCGUUUCCGUCGGGAGGCUCUGAGCCUGGCUGGAGGCAGCAACUCGCUGAAGGCCACCCUGAACAACCAGGAGUUCACCCUUGAGAGGCAGGCCAAGGAGCUGGCCGCCCUGCAGAAGGAGCACAUGCGCCUGCGGGAGGGGAUGGUGGAGGCCUGGAAGGAGAAAGGGGACCUCCUCCAGAGAUGGAUGGAGGAGAAGAAAGAGGAGGCGGCAAGGGUUAAUAAGUACAACGACGCACAGGAAAGGUGGCGUCGGUUGGCCAGACGGCUGAAGAAACAACUUCGGGGAGAAACGGUCAAACCUUCGGAGCAGACGGAGAUUGACGUGACGAGUGGCGGAAAAGAAGCAGCAUUCAAACUAGAAUGAGUGACAGCAUUUAUUUUGUAACUUUUUUUCAUCUGUAACUAAUAUCUCUUAAAUAACUUGUUUUACAUUCGCAGUUUAAUGUGAGCACCAUUCCUAGAAGCACAAUCCGAACUUUUUUAUUUUCUCCACUUAAACAGCAACUAAAUAUGCACCUGAUGCAACUCUCUAUUGACUACAUUUAAUGUAGUUUAGAUGGACCGUUUUUAUUGAAUCAACAUGGGCAGGCAUCACUUGUGCAUCAAGCUUACACACCAAACUAAUAAUUCAAGAUUAUAUGCACCUCCUGAUGACGUUUUAACAUGUGUGUGUUUGUGUAACCUUAUCGGGUUGUUUUUUAGUCCGAUAAGAUCUUUAAGUGAUUCAUGUUUUUUUUACUUUUUAGUGUGACUGACAAGCCUACAUUAUUAUAUUUUAUAAAGACUCGUGGUAGAUAGGCUAUAUAAAUAUAUUGUGUUAUCAAGUUUUUUUUUAAAUAAAGCAAUGUGUAACGUGUGCGAGAUUAAUUAUUUUUUGUUCACAGUUUUCAUGCAUUUUAUUUUUAAAAGCCCUUGUGUCAUCAUUGUUAGCCAACACAAUAUCGCAUCGUAUUUAUUCAAUCCAAUAUAUAUUCUAACAUGUAUUCGGAGAUAAUGUUCCACCAGUAGGCUACUCUACGCUGUGUGCUAACGGUACUCAAGAGAAGAACUCGGGUGUAAAUAGUUUCAAACAAUGAAGCUGAUCUCCAUGACAAACAGCCCAACAGCAGCCCGGUGUCACCGUCGCCAUAGUCACCGUGUUGGUCCUUUAAAUCGACGCGUGCAGGAGUUUCAAAACAAAACAAGACAAACACAGACAGCAACAGGAUUUACAUUUUAACAUUUCUCUAAAAUGCCCAAAGGAGGGAAGGGAUAUUCUUCCGCGAGCAAUGAUGGCAAAUGGUAUGCCCAUGACACAGGGUUCAAAGAAGCGUGCACCAUCACUGGGACCAUGCUGGGGCAGGUUGUAUCGUCUGGGCCGCAAGAACUACGAGUUGAACGUCACCUCAAGUCGAAAAAGCAGGAUCCUCCUGAUUUUCGAUUCUCGACCCACGACAACAGAGAAGCGAUACGAGACGGGAUCUGCCUCUUUUCUCAGGGUCUUGGGCGCAAGAAGUGUCCAGAUGACCACAGACUGCACAACUCUCACUUCUGCCUGUGCCACGAUGAUCCUGUGGCAGUAAGUUGGCCGUCGACCGUGGGGGACCUCACGGCCUACCAGACUGAAGGCUUAGUGAGGAAGGACCAGGCAGAGGCCGUCACCAACAGGCGUUUCCCCCGCAGCCAUCAGGAGAGGUCAGCAGAGGCCGCCGCGGCCCAGGCCAGGGAACCUGCUUUCAUGUGGUUUGGACGACACGACUCAGAGGACUCUGUGCCCCUAGGGGUCCUUGCAGCUACUAACUGCUUAGCCACGCGAAUAUAAACCGCGGUUUCUUGCAUCAUUACAUUGUAAGCUCUCCCUUAGUCAGAGGGGAGUAAUUGAACGUGUUUCUAUUUUUAUUUUUUUAUUUUUUUGCCAGCAGAGGGCAGCACAUAUUCUAGUUUAAAUCUGCGAGCAAAUUGGGAUGAAAUGGAUAUCAAUGGUUUGGUCUUGGUUCGUAGGACUUUCAAACCGCAUACUAUGGAGGCAUAACAAUAACCAUUAAGCAAUGCGCCAUCAAGUGAUCAAGCAAGAGUAAGCAAGUGAUAACGUCCACUUAGAAUGAAUUGGGAGUUAUUUGAGCUAAAGGCCUAUAUGUAUAGAUUUUUGUCACCAAUCGAUUGCACAUUAAAAGCCCUGUUGAAAUGGAAAAAAGUAAAUGAUUUCCACAUGGACUUUCAACCACCCUGUAAAUCGUCAGUGCUUGCAUAUAUUUAUCUCACUCACACACACACACACACACACACACACACACACACACACACACACACACACACACACACACACACACACACACACACACACACACACACACACAUAUA